AUGACCCUGCGAUGCACCAAGCCCGCGGGGCACUGGAAGAUUGUGAUGUGGGACCAGGAGGGCUUCCAGGGCCGGCGGCAGGAGUUGGCCGCCCAGUGCCCCGGCGUGCUGGAGCUGGGCUUUGAGGCCGUGCGGUCUCUCAAGGUGCUGAGUGGAGCGUGGGUGGGCUUUGAGCACCCCGGCUUCCAAGGGCAGCAGUACGUGCUGGAGCGGGGCGAGUACCCGUGCUGGGGCGCCCGGAGCGGCAACAAGGCCUACCCCUCCGAGAGGCUCGCCUCCUUCCGGCCUGUGGCCUGUGCUGGGAGUCGGGACUCGAGGCGGACCAUCUCUGAGCAAGAGAACUUCCUGGGCAGGAAAGGAGAGCUGAGUGAUGACCAUCCCUCCCUCCAGGCCCUGGGAUGGGACGGCAAAGAAGUGGGCUCCUUCCGCGUCCAGGCGGGGGCCUGGGUCUGUUGCCAGUUCCCCGGCUACCGGGGUUUUCAGUACGUGCUGGAGUGCGACCACCACUCAGGGGACUACAAGCGUUUUCGAGAGUGGGGUCCGCAUGCCCAGACCCCCCAGGUGCAGAGUGUCCGCAGGAUCCAGCAGUGA